AUGAGUCGGAGGAAGCAAUUCACUGAAGACGAAAUACUUGGUGCACUAUUGGAGUCGGAUUUAGAGGAUUUUAGUAGCGAUGACGAGCUUGUGGAUGCGACUUGGGAACUACCUUCUGUGGGAGAUGAAACUUUAGACGAUCAAAGUGACGAAGAUGAUCACGAAAUUAACGCUACGGAGACACCACAAAAUGUCACUGAAAACGCCAAUCGCCAUGAUAUUUGGAGGAAAAGACCUUUUGAUAUACAAUUGGAAGAGAGUGUUUCUCAAUCUGCGGAAAUUAACGUAACUUUGGAGUCUCCUAAACAUUAUUUCUCUGCUUAUUUGAAUGACGAUUUUUUAAAAAGAGUAGUGGAGUACACAAAUAGGUACCAUAUGCCUACGAAAGGAAAACCACUGGCGGCUACAAUCGGAGAAAUAAAGAAUUUCUUUGGUAUAAUUGUUGCAAUGGGUUGCAUACGUUACCCAAGAUUGCGCAUGUACUGGGAAAAAAAAACAAGACUUCCUAUUGUAGCUGAUACAAUGAGUCGCGAUCGUUUCCUUCUUUUGCGCAUGUGUCUCCAUGUGGUGGACGCCAAUGAAGUAACAGAAGAAGAGAAACAAUCCAAUGUCUUUUGGAAAAUAAAACCUUUGAUUGAAGUUAUUAGAUUAGCUUGUCGAAGCCUUCCCAGAAAGCCAGGCGAUAAUUAUUCUAUAGACGAACAAAUGAUCCCAUUCACUGGCCGUUGUCCUAUUCGACAAAGUCUCCCUAACAAACCAAGGGUAGUGGGAUUGAUGAAUGAAGUCUUAACAACAUCUGAAGGUCUGGUGCUCGAUUUUGAAAUCUAUCAAGGAAAGACGACACCACUUUCGAAUACGAACUUGGGUCUAGGACCAGCCUUCGUUUUGCGUUUGGUUGAAACACUGCCAGAAGGUUCAAAAGUUUUUGAUCGCUACUUUACGACAAUACCGCUUCUUCAGACGCUUUUUAAGUCAUUGGUAUUUAUGCCACUGGGACAAUAA